AUGACUGCAUCGGACACGUAUGGGCGCAAGUCGCCUUCGUUGGAGCGAUGCAGUGAUGAUGGACGGACACUUUCUAAAAACCUGGUGAAGAAUGCAAAGAGAACCAUUAGUCGGCAGUAUGUCAACAGGAAGAAGGAGUCUCUGACCACCUGGGAGAACAGGAGCAGCCUCCAGUCUGAGCUGGAUGAAGAUGAAAUCUCAGUUUCAGAGGAAGUGGAUCAGAGCACCCUGACCCUGUCCUCCACCAUCCGGUCUUCAGACAGACAGACCAUGAGCAACGUCGUGGAGCGCGCCUGCUGCCGUGACUACCAGCGCCUCGGUCUGGGCACGCUCAGCAGCAGCCUGACGCGCUCUAAGAAUGAGCCGUUCAGGAUUUCUACAGCUAACCGCAUGUACACGGUCUGCAGGAGCUACCCCGGCCUGCUGAUCAUCCCUCAGAACAUCCCGGACUCCACCAUCCAUAGAAUCUGCCGCUGCUACCGACAGAAUCGCUUCCCCGUAGUCUGCUGGAGACAUUCACGAACCAAGUCUGUCCUGCUUCGCUCAGCAGGCCUUCAUGCCAAGGGGGUAGUCAGCUUCUUCAAGUCUCCCAACACCCAAACUGCAGUGCCAUCUCAAGCGGACUCAACGAGCCUGGAGCAGGAGAAAUACCUGCAGGCCAUCAUCAGCUCCAUGCCCUCCUACAGCGAGACAACGGGCAGGAACACCCUGAGCGGCUUCACGUCCACACACAUGAACACCUCCGACUCGUCCGAUAAGCUCAGGCAGCCCAAGAUUGGAGAUCUGAUGAAGCAGGUUCUGGGCAACAAGGAAGAUGUCCCUGGAACCUUCAGCAGAGGAGCAUUUAGUCAAAAGGGGAAAGUCAUCUCCCUCUCUCAGCCCAAAGCCUCUGGCAAAGCUAGGAGCUCUUCUGGAGGUAAAUUUGGCAGCAUCCGGGGCAGCAGCCGUCUAAGUGCCUUCAACCCAGACGUGGGGACGCGAUUGGCUGGGAAAGAAUCUCCACAGCCCAAUGGGGGGCCAAACGAUCCGUUGUUCCUGCGCCAGCAGAAAGCCUACCUCUACAUCAUUGGAGACAAGGCCCAGCUCAAGGGAGGAAAGCAGGACUCGUUCCAGCAGUGGGAGGUGAUCCCCAUCGAGGUGUGUGACGUGCGGCAGGUCAAGAACAGCUUCAAGAAGCUGAUGAAGGCCUGCGUGCCGAGCUCCCCAACCUCGGAGCCUAAUAAGAGCUUCCUGCGCCUCCUGGAGGAAUCAGAGUGGAUGACUCUGCUGCACAGAGUGCUGCAGGUGUCCGUCUUGGUGGUGGAGCUACUGGACACCGGCUCCUCGGUCAUGGUCAGCCUAGAGGACGGCUGGGACGUCACAACACAGGUGGUGUCGCUGGUGCAGCUGCUCUCUGACCCAUACUACAGAACGUUCGAUGGUUUCCGGCUGCUGGUAGAGAAGGAGUGGCUGUCGUUUGGACACAGGUUCAGCCACCGUGGAGCGCAGACCCUGGCCAGCCAGAGCAGUGGCUUUACUCCCGUCUUUCUGCAAUUCCUCGACUGCGUACACCAGAUCCAUCUUCAGUUCCCCAUGGAGUUUGAGUUCAGCCAGUACUACCUGAAGUUCCUGGCCUACCACUACAUGUCCAACCGCUUCCGCACCUUCCUGCUGGACUCGGACUAUGACCGCAUCGAGCUAGGAGUGCUGUACGAGGAGAAGAGCGACAGGAAAAACCCUCAGGUGUGCAAGUCUGUGUGGGACUACAUCGACAGACUCUACAAGAAGGCGCCCGUCUUCUACAACUACAUGUUCUCCCCAGAAGACGACGAGGUCCUGCGGCCGUACACCUUCGUGUCCAACCUGAAGGUGUGGGACUUCUACUUGGAGGAGACCCUGUCUGAGGGGCCUCCUUACGACUGGGAGCUGAGGAGCAGGCACGAGCGCCUGGCAGAGGAGACGGCGGAGAAAGCCGACGCCGGCGCGCCUAAAUCCCAGCGCCGCAUCGUGUGGCCGUGCUACGACGACCUGAGCAGGGCGAUGCCCGACGCCAUCACCAAGCUGCUGCAAGACCUGCAGAGCCUGGAGGCUGAGCUCGGCCAGACGUCGGAGAAGUGGAAGGACACGUGGGACAAAAUCAAGACCACACAGAGGACUGAGACCAAACUGGAAAGCAAGCCGUCAUUCUCCAGCUCUCUGUUGAUGUCCUCCAACCUGAGCCACCAGCGCCGUUCCCAGGGCGUCUGUCUGCAGGACAGCGGCGUCGGAUCCUCCAUCAAGCUGGGUCUGGACUGCGAGGCCAGCGCCACGUCCACGCCCGUCUCGGGUCGGCCCAGCACCAGCACGCUCUACAGCCAGUUCCAGAGCACGGAGAGCGAGAACAGGAGUUUUGAAGGCAUUCUCUACAAAAGAGGAGCGCUGCUGAAACCAUGGAGACCACGGUGGUUCGUCCUGGACAAGACGAAACACCAGCUGCGCUACUACGACAGCAGACAGGACAAGGAGUGCAAAGGUAUGAUUGACCUGGGAGGGGUGGAGUCAGUCACCGUGGGAACGCCAACCAUGGGAGCGCCCAAAAACGUUGAGGAGAAAGCCUUCUUUGAUGUGAAGACGGACAAACGGAUGUAUAACUUCUGUGCCCAGGACAGUUCAAACGCACAGCUGUGGAUGGACAGUAUUCAGAGCUGCCUGUCAGACGCGUAGAGGGGAGGCGGCGCUCCGAGGAGCCGACACGACCAGGAGCUCACGCCUGAUGGACGCGUCUGCUGGCCUAGCUCAGCAGAACCGCGCGGGAAAGGGGCCUUUCACCACUGUCCACUAGUGUUGAACUAAUAAUGCGAUGUCACAUGUUACAGUGUUUGUUGUAAAGAAGAAAAAAA